AUGUCUACCACAAAUGCUCUAGGUCUACAAUUAUCAGCCACAAACAAUUUAAUGGCUCCAGCAGUGUUUAUAGCUUUCAACUGGUUCUAUGCAUACUGUGUCCUAGCGCCUCGCAACUUCAAGCAACUAUACGGGAUCGACCACAAUGGCAACCCUCGACAAGCCCUCAACAAAUAUGGCUCUGAAGCCGUCAAGGCGGGCAAAUUGACACAAGCCCAGCUGGAGCAGAUACAAAGAGUCGAAAGCGCUAGUGCUAAUUCGACCGAAGGCUUCAUUCUCUUCACUGCAAGUGGUAAGUGA